AUGAAAGUCGUAGUGGUCCUGAUGAGCCUCGUGGCUCUGGGGUUGACAGGCCCUCCACCAAAAGUAUUGGAGAACUUCCAAGAUCAUUUCGAGCAAUUUAUGGUUAUCAGCGAUGCAUUGGAAGGAGACCACUGGAGACGGCAAUCGGGGGCUUACGCCAGAUUUGUCGAGUACCCGAAAAGCCUAAACGCACUGGCUGCCAAAGAUUUUAAACAGAUCGUCGCGGAUCUGGGAAGCGAGGCCGAAGUUAUCGCAAUUAGAGAAUUCUUGGAAAAUCUUACAAUUGAUGUAGAUUACUACGUUGAUCACUUCCAGGACGUCAUAAAGAAACUUCACGCAAACGAUUUCAGCAACAUUACCGCAAUUGACCCUCCUCGCAGAGUCCGUCGUCAUCCCAUGACUGGAACCACCAUGCGUACCUACAUCGCUGACACCAUAAGCUUGCUACCCAUAAGACAGCUGCGUCAAUUAUUCAAUCAACGUGUGGCUCUAAACGACAUCUUCAAGACCGCUAUAGAAGGCAUCCGAAGCGAUGAGUUCAAAGUACUGUAUAACGCACUCUGGCAGAACGAGAAAUUCCAAGAUGUAGCCGCCUCCUUAGCAGACGCAGACUUCGAUCUGAAGUAUGUGUUCGAAGAGUUCCUGCCAUCUCUCUUUGGACAGAACGACCCAAUUCGGAUUACGUUCCAAAUGCAGUUUGACUAUUUCCUACAAAUCGUUAUCGACAUGGAGAGCGGCCAUUGGCUGCGGCAAGUAACAGCGUACAAAGAUUUCCCGGAGUUCAAGCAGAGCUUGGGUGUGCUUGCGAAUACAUCGCUCGGCGACUUCUAUCAGAGCUUGAUGCGAACGGUUCCCGCUUUUACUAAGUUGGAUGCUUUCUUAAAGAAGAAUGACAUCUUCGUAGCAUACCUCAUUGGUCGUGUUGACCUUUUAUCAAGAUACUACAACAAAUACGACCACGCGAUCUCGUGCAAUGAAAUAGUUCACCCCAGAAGACAACGCCGUCACCCUAUGACUGGAAGAACGAUGCACACGUUCUUAGCGGACACCGUGAGCCUCCUCCCGAUUAGACAACUGCGUGUUUUAUACGAAGAAAAAGUGGCUAACGAGGAAGACUUCAAGAACACCAUUAACGCAUUGAAGAGCGAUGAAUUCAAAGAACUCUACAAAGCCAUGUGGGAAGCAGACGGUUUCCUAAAAGUAGCCGAUGAAUUAAAGACCAAAAGUGACUUCGACCUCAAAUACGUAUUAGAAGAGCUAGUACCAGCCAUGUACGGACAGAAUACUCCACUUUACACCUCCUUCCAAACCCAAUUCGACGAGUUCUUGGAAAUCAUUAUAGCGAAGGCUGGCGAGAGCUUCAAGAGAUUAGUGGAAUCUUACAAGCAGUUCCCCGAAUUCAAGAGUUCCCUGGACACAGUUGAUAAUACAGUCUUUAUGCAGUUCUACCAAGACUUGCGCAAAGUUGAUAUCUUUAAAUCGUACGACGAAUACAUGAAGAAAAACGACAUCUACGUGGCAUACUACAUUGACCGCUUCGAAUAUUUGUCCUAUAUCUUAAACACAAACGUCACUCAAGUCGGUACAAUUAAGAUCAAGGAAACCGCAGACAUAACUCCAAGUGGCAGAACGAUGAACGAUUUCCUCUCUGAUGUCGUUGACAUCCUGCCAAAGACGGAGUUGGCUGCUUUGUUCAGCGACAAGAUGGAACAAAACAAAGUAUUUAAGAAUGCUGUAGAGUCCUUGACGAAUGAAGAGGGACAGAAGUUCUAUAAUGAUUUUUGGGCAAACAGAGUGUUCCAAGCUGUAGCCAACGCUCUAGCUAACAACAACUUCGACUUGAGAUAUGUCUUCGAGACAUUGGUCCCAGCUUUGUACGGACAAUAA